AUUCAACUCUGUUGUAUAUAAAAGACCUACCUUUUCCUAGCCCGACAAGACACCUUGGUCUGAGCCUGCAGAGAUUGUUGAUCUGCUUCCUAUGCAAAAGGCAGUCUGCUGCUCAGCAUGGCUGGAAGCACAGCAUACUUCAUCCUGGCCUCAUGCCUGAUGCUCCUGUCUCCCAGCCAAGGCCAAGAAGCUGAAGAAGACCUGCCUUCUUCCAGAAUCAGUUGUCCAGAAGGUUCCAAUGCCUACAGCUCCUACUGUUACUACUUCAUUGAAGAACGUUUAACUUGGGCUGAUGCGGAUCUCUUUUGCCAGAACAUGAAUUCAGGCUACCUCGUGUCUGUGCUCAGUCAGGCUGAAGGCAACUUUGUGGCCUCUCUGAUUAAGGAGAGUGGUACUACAAAUGCCAAUGUCUGGACUGGCCUCCAUGACCCCAAAAGGAAUCGCCGUUGGCACUGGAGCAGUGGGUCUAUGUUUAUCUACAAGUCCUGGGCCACCGGGUCUCCAAACUCCUCCAAUCGCGGCUACUGUGUAUCCCUGACUUCAAACACAGGGUACAAGAAGUGGAGAGACGACAACUGUGAUGCACAGUACUCAUUUGUCUGCAAAUUCAAAAGCUAAAGUCAUCUGAAGCAAACAGAUUUCUAGAGUUAAAUCAAAAAUUUCUGUGGAAUAAAAAAAAUUAAACUGGACCAUCUCUCAAAAGCAAAUUAGAUACUCUCUCCUUGGACAGGCUUCAUUGAAUCACAGGCCUAUGGUAUCUUUAUCUACACUAUUUUCUGAAACGCUGUAAAAUUAAAAUAAAAGUACCUUCCCAAUCUGAUAUAUACUGAAUCAGUAAUAUACACUGAUGAUAUUUUACUGUUUAAAAUAAAAGAGAUUUUAUAAUUUUCA